ACGAACCCCAUUUAUGAUUUAUAUGUAAUAUGGCCUGGGGAGUUUGUGGAUUGUUGUAUAUAUCGUUGAAAUGGCGGCGAAGAAAAUGAAAAACAAAGAAGUCGAUCGAAAUGGCUCGCUGAUAAUUAAUCUCAGCCGUCGGUCAUGCCACGUGUCCCCUGCGAUAUUCCUAAGUCUCUGAUGUCAGCAUGCCGUUGAGGAGAAUGAAUCGGCUUCUCCGGUAUAAAUAAACACCACCGACGUUAUUGGCGCCCAAUUGAUUUUAGAUUUCUUUCUCACUCAAUCCGAGAGCGCUAGCAAGUAAUUGAGAGCGAGAGACCAAGAGCGAAGGAUCGAUUUCGUCAUUUUUUGUUUCUUACAAUCUCGAUCUCCGUGAGCGAGAGAAAUUGUGAGUGAGAGUGAGCGAGAGACCUAGAGCGAGUGAUCGAUUUCUUCUAUUUUUGUUCCUUACGAUCUCGAGAUGCAGAAGUUAGGGUUUCCGGCGAUGAAGAGCUUGGAUCAACUCCGAUCGAUGUCUGGAUCGGCGAAGACGCACUCCUUUUCCCCUCGUCCGCCGCAGGAUUCCGUCUCCUCCGGAAGUUUCUCGAAUCUGAAGCUCACUGCAGAGAAACUGGUGAAGGAUCAGGCGGCUAUGAGAACAGAUCUAGAACUGGCGAAUAGUAAGCUGAAAAAGUCAAUGGAGCAUGUAUAUGCCUUAGAGGAUAAACUGCAGAACGCUUUUAAUGAGAAUGCUAAGCUCAGAGUUAGGCAAAAGGAAGAUGAAAAGCUUUGGAGAGGAUUGGAGUCUAAGUUCUCUUCUACAAAGGCUCUGUGUGAUCAGCUUACUGAGACUCUGCAGCAUUUGGCUUCCCAAGUUCAGGAUGCUGAGAAGGAUAAGGACUUUUUCGAGAGCAAAUUCAAUACUAGUACAGAAGCAAUAGACUCUUUAAACCAGCAGUUGCAAGAUAUGUCUUUAAGAUUAGAUGAUGCUAAAGCGAACAUCACAAGCAGAGAUAAGGAAUUUGAGGAGCUCAAACUCGAGAAAGAAAAGAAGGAAAUGUACUAUCUAAAUGAACAGGGCAGAACUGCCAGUAUCAUAGAGGAGAAAGAUGCUAUGAUAACAAAGUUGGAAGCAACUGCAGCCGAAAGAAACCUCAACGUUGAAAACUUGAAUUCCCAACUAGAAAAUGUGCAUCUUGAGUUAACAACAAAAGAAGACGAGGUCAAAGACCUUGUUAGUAUCCAAGAGAAGUUGGAAAAAGAAAAGUCGAGUGUUCAGCUGAGUGCAAAUGAACUGUUUGAAAAACUGGUCAGCUCCGAACAGGAGGUUAAAAAGCUCGAUGACCUUGUCCGCUACUUGGCAGCCGAGUUGACUAAGCUGGAUAAAAAGAAUUUGACCUUCACGGAGAAGUUUGAUCAACUAAGUGGCCUCUAUGAUACCCACUUUAUGUUGGUGCAAAAAGACAGAGCUCUUGCAUUUGAUCGUGCUCAAAGAUCAUUCGAUCAACUCCGGCGUGAGUUAUUUAGCGUAACUGCCGAAAAAGAAGCUUUGGAAUCAGCAGGCAAGGAGCUAAAUGAAAAAAUAGUUGAGCUCCAGACUGAUAAGGAGUCUUUAAUAUCUCAACUUUCUGGUAUACGCUGCUCUACAAGCCAGACCAUUGAAAAACUGGAGGCUGAAGCCAAAGGACUAGUUUCAAAACAUGCUGAGACAGAAGCAGUGAUUUCAAAGCUGAAAGAGGAAAUAGAAACUUUAUUGGAAAGUGUGAAGACAUCAGAGGAUAAGAAGCAAAAAUUGUCAUUGAAGCUUGCAUCAUUAGAAAUGGAAAACAAAGAAAAUUACGAGAAAAUGCAGGCAGAUGCACAGAGACAAGUUGAGAAACUAGAGGCUUUACAGAAAGAGAGUGAGAGCCAUCAGCUGCAGGCGGAUUUAUUGGCGAAAGAGGUGAACGAGCUCCAAACCGUCAUAGAGGAGAAAGGGCGUCUUGUCCACCAGUGCAAUGAAAACGAGAAGAAGUUGAACCAACAAAUUAUUAAGGACAAGGAGUUACUGGUAAAUGCUGAAACUAAGCUUGUAGAAGCAAAGAAGCAAUAUGAUAUGAUGCUAGAAAGCAAACAGUUGGAAUUAUCAAGACACUUGAAAGAAUUAUCACAGAGGAAUGACCAGGCAAUUAAUGAUAUUAGGAGGAAGUAUGACGUGGAGAAGCAGGAAAUUAUUAAUGCUGAAAAGGAUAAGGUUGAAAAGAUUAUCAAUGAGUUGUCCACUAAAUAUGAUAAAGAACUCUCCGAUUGCAAAGAAGAAGCAAAGGAGAAACUGCUGACCAUUCAAAAGGAACAUGCUUCUCUGAUUCUCAGUAUUCGGGAGGAGCAUGAGAGUAAGGAGCUCAACCUCAAAGCUAAGUAUGACCAGGAGCUGAGACAAAAUCAGAUUCAGGCUGAAAAUGAACUGAAAGAGAGGAUAACAGCUCUCAAGAGUGAGCAUGAUGUUCAGUUGAAAGUAUUCAAGUGUCAGUAUGAAGAUGAUUGUAAGAAUCUGCAAGAAGAAUUAGAUCUUCAAAGGAAAAAAGAAGAGAGACAAAGAGCUUUGGUGCAGUUACAGUGGAAGGUGAUGAGCGACAAUCCACCUGAAGAGCAAGAAGUAAACUCAAACAAGAACUAUUCAAUUUCGAAAAAUUCUCGUCUUGGUGGUAGCAAAAGAAGUGAGCAUCUAAGAGUAAGGGCAGAUCAUGACGACGAACAGGACUCUCCUUUUGUUAAGGCAAAAGCAACACCUGUGUCCAAAAUAUUGAAGAAAGUUCACAACGUAAAGACAGGAAGCGUCCUGAGCAUUCCAAAUCCAAAGCAUCAUAGCAGGGUAUCUCAUCAUGAGUAUGAAGUUGAAACAAACAAUGGGAGGGUUACGAAACGAAGAAAAACAAGAAACACAGCCAUGUUUGAGGAGCCACAAAGACGCAGUACUAGGUUGACACCAAAAUUGAAGACGACACCAAAAUUGAAGACCCCCAAAAGUAUCGCCAAGGGAAGAAUGAUGACUGGUCAACCUCACUCUGCAAAUAUUGGAGACUUGUUUUCAGAAGGCUCUCUCAACCCAUAUGCUGAUGAUCCCUAUGCAUUUGACUGAAGUUUACCUCGCAAAAACACUGAUUCCAAGUGGGAGAGAUCACUUAGGCCUGAAACGAAUCAUUAGGAAGAAAUUGGAUGGAUAGCAGGGCAGCAGUAGAGUAAUGCUGAUGGAAGCCAUUCACAUAAGCUGAUAUUGAUCAUAGAAUAAAACAAAUCAGUAGUUGCAGUAUAUACAUAACUCAUACUAUAUAUAGUAUUGUAUAUACAUAGUAACUCUUAAGAUCAAACUCUUUGAAUUUUCAAAAUAAAUGGGUUGGGAUCAUAAAAGGCCCAUAGCAAGAAAUGAGUACAUGAUGUAACAACUGUACACAUUACUAGGGGACCUAUGAAGCGAAUUUGGAGGAACA